GCUUCGUUGGACGCCGCCGCCGCCGCCUGGAUCCGCCACUUGCUGCCCGCCCGCCCCCCGUGGGAAGCGCCUUCCUCCUGCUGCUCCUCGCCGCUGGGCUCUCCGCAGACCCUCGGGGGGUGGAGCUGGGGGGCGACCCGGAUCUCUCUCCGCUCGCUGGAGUUAACGCGGCCCCUCGGGGCUCCCCCCCCCGCCGACCUGAUUGCCUUUUAAUUGGGGGGCGCCGCCGCCGCCGCCGCCGCCUUGCUUCUUCCCUGGGAGGCGCCUGGGGCGGGGAGGCUUCGCCAUCCGGCUGCCGCAAGGCGGAAGGAGGCUCGGGGCAGGGAGCGCCGCCGGAGCCCGCCCUGCGCCUCUUCUGCGCCUGGAUCUGCGAAGGAGCCGCCGAGUUCCGGGCUCGCUCGGGAUUAAGGGGAAGCGGAGUGCGUGUGCACAGAGGAGCGCCCGCUCCGGCGGGGAGCCCCUCUUCCAGGCUGGGGGGGUAGGAUGCCCGCCGCCGCCGCCGCCGCCGCCGCCGCCCACCCGGGGGAAGCCGGGCAGUCCUCGCCACCGCCGCUCCCGCUGCGCCCGGAGGAGGCGCCCGGCGGAGGCUGCUGCUGCUGCUGCUUCUGAGGCGCUCGCGGCGGCCGCCUCCUUUGUCCCGGCCCAGCCGCAGGACUCCGCGCUCCGACCUCGGCGGCCCGCCCGGCCAUGUAUCCCCAGGGGCGGCACCCGGCACCUCACCAGCCGGGCCAGCCGGGCUUCAAGUUCACCGUGGCCGAGUCUUGCGACCGGAUUAAGGACGAGUUCCAGUUCCUGCAGGCUCAGUACCACAGUCUUAAAGUGGAAUACGAUAAGCUUGCCAAUGAGAAGACGGAAAUGCAGCGCCAUUACGUUAUGUACUACGAAAUGUCUUACGGCUUGAACAUCGAGAUGCACAAGCAGACGGAGAUAGCUAAAAGGCUGAACACGAUUCUAGCCCAGAUUAUGCCUUUUCUGUCACAAGAGCACCAACAGCAAGUGGCUCAGGCUGUUGAGCGUGCCAAGCAGGUCACCAUGUCGGAGCUGAACGCCAUCAUCGGGGUACGUGGAGUUCCCAGUCUGCCUCUCACCCAGCAGCAGCUCCAGGCCCAGCACCUCUCGCAUGCCGCUCACGGGCCGCCCGUCCAGCUGCCUCCUCACCCCUCUGGCCUGCAGCCGCCCGGGAUCCCGCCCGUCACGGGGAGCAGCUCCGGCCUCUUGGCCCUCGGCGCCCUCGGAAGCCAAACGCACUUGACUGUGAAAGACGAGAAGAACCACCACGACUUGGACCAUCGAGAUCGUGACUCCAGCGUGAAUAAUUCCAUUUCUCCGUCGGAGAGUUUGAGAGCCAGCGAGAAGCACAGGAGCUCUGCCGACUACAGCAUUGACUCCAAGAAGCGGAAAGCGGAGGAGAAGGACAGCAUGAGCCGAUACGACAGCGAUGGUGACAAGAGCGACGAUUUGGUGGUGGACGUCUCAAAUGAGGACCCCGCCACGCCUCGGGUGAGCCCCGCCCAUUCGCCCCCCGAAAAUGGGAUUGACAAAGCCCGGGGGCUGAAAAAGGAUGCCCCGAACAGCCCCGCCUCGGUGGCCUCGUCCAGCAGCACCCCCUCUUCCAAGACGAAAGACCUGGGCCAUAACGAUAAAUCCUCCACCCCGGGGCUGAAGUCCAACACUCCCACGCCACGCAACGACGCGCCCACGCCUGGGACCAGCACGACUCCAGGGCUCCGACCGUUGCCAGGCAAGCCGUCCGGAAUGGACCCCCUGGCAUCUGCACUGAGGACCCCCAUCUCCCUGGCGGGCCCCUACGCCACCUCCUUUGCCAUGAUGGGGCACCACGAGAUGAACGGCUCGCUGGCCAGCCCCGGGGCCUAUGCUGGGCUCCACAACCUCCCCCCGCAGAUGACCGCGGCUGCUGCCGCCGCCGCCGCUGCCUACGGCCGGUCUCCCAUGGUGAGCUUUGGAGCUGUUGGCUUUGACCCACACCCGCCCAUGAGGGCCCCGGUCCUCCCCACCAGCUUGGCAUCCAUUCCUGGUGGCAAGCCGGCGUACUCGUUUCACGUCAGCGCCGACGGGCAGAUGCAGCCGGUCCCCUUUCCGCACGAUGCCCUCGCUGGCCCCGGCAUCCCCCGGCAUGCCCGCCAGAUCAACACGCUGAGUCACGGCGAAGUGGUGUGCGCUGUGACCAUCAGCAACCCCACCAGGCACGUGUAUACUGGCGGGAAAGGGUGCGUGAAGAUCUGGGACAUCAGCCAGCCCGGCACCAAGAGUCCCAUCUCGCAGCUGGAUUGCUUGAACCGGGACAACUACAUCCGCUCCUGCAAACUCCUCCCGGAUGGGCGCACCCUGAUCGUGGGCGGGGAGGCCAGCACGCUCACCAUCUGGGACCUGGCCUCCCCCACCCCAAGGAUCAAGGCUGAGCUGACCUCCUCGGCCCCCGCCUGCUACGCCCUGGCCAUCAGCCCGGACGCCAAGGUCUGCUUCUCCUGCUGCAGCGAUGGGAACAUUGCCGUCUGGGAUCUCCACAACCAGACGCUGGUCAGGCAAUUCCAGGGCCACACGGACGGGGCCAGCUGCAUCGACAUCUCCCACGAUGGCACCAAGCUCUGGACAGGGGGCUUGGACAACACCGUGCGCUCCUGGGACCUGCGGGAAGGCCGGCAGCUGCAGCAGCAUGACUUCACCUCCCAGAUCUUCUCUCUGGGCUACUGCCCGACGGGGGAAUGGCUGGCCGUGGGCAUGGAGAGCAGCAACGUGGAGGUCCUGCACCACACCAAGCCCGACAAAUACCAGCUGCACCUGCACGAGAGCUGCGUCCUGUCGCUGAAGUUCGCCUAUUGUGGCAAGUGGUUUGUGAGCACCGGGAAGGACAACCUCCUCAACGCCUGGAGGACUCCCUACGGAGCAAGCAUCUUCCAGUCAAAAGAAUCGUCCUCCGUCUUGAGCUGUGACAUUUCGGCAGAUGACAAGUACAUCGUCACGGGCUCUGGUGACAAGAAGGCCACAGUCUACGAGGUCAUCUAUUGAAGCCGGGGGGUGCAAGGGCAGCGGGCUACGGUCUGACGGGGCGAUGGUGGGAUUCUGGCGGGUGAACGCCACCCGGAGAGGGGCUGAGCGGACCCUUCCGAGGGUUCUCUCUGUGGAGCUCGGCAGUCUGUGUGGACCUUCCGUUGUGUCCUUGGAGUAACGCUGUGGAUUGGUACUUGGAGCCUGGUCCAGCCGGUGGUCUGAGCCCUUUGCUGGUCUGAGUUUUCUUCUGGUGUCUCCCUCCUUGGUUCUCCUGCCUGUGAUGGGGAAGCAGAGAUCAAGGGCUUGCUCUCAGCCGAGACUUGGCGUCCUUGUUGUGCUCUCCAGUAGACUUCUGGGAAAUGUACAUAGCAGAAGAGUGGAACCAGGCGGGGACUCCUGGUACAGACGCUGUGUAUCUCCCCCGCUCCCCUCCUGCUUUUAUUCCAAGGGAUUUUGUUUUCGUUCUGGUGGUGGCCAUCCCCCUCUCCCCACCCCUCCGAGGAGUCGGUUUGGGGAAUCUCUGCCGGCCUGCAAAGUGUGCCCAGCGCCAGCAAAGCUGUCCUCCGAUGAACCGUUUCAACGGGUCGUUCAUGUGAAUCGUCUGCUGUUCUGAGGCGUGGACACCGGAUGGCCUGGACUUUGGAGCAGGGUUGGAUGGAGCAACGCUGACGGAACAGUUGUGUUCUUCUCUGGAUCCUUUCCUCUUUGGUGCGUUUGGAGCAAGCAGAAGGUCCACACCCAACUGGACUUCUGAGCACGUCCGCACGUGACAGCCGCCGGGCCUAAACACUAUGGAGGAGUUUCACGGAAGCAUCACUUAAACGAUACGCUCAGGGAGCCUAAGUGAAAGAUAAGAGCAACUUGUGUGGAAUUUUAUUGUGUUUGUUUUGUUUUUUACUCCAAUGAAAGAAAAGUACUAGAGGUGAUAACGUUUAAAUGCAGGUUGUUGUUUUUUAAGUUUACUAACAAAGAUGGUUUCUGUAUGGUGGGGGCCGGGGGGGAUAUAUGGCGGGUUUUAUGUGGCUUUGGCAAUCUUCUCUCUUUCAGCCUGGGGGCUCCAGCAAAAGUUGUGACCGGAGGUGGGAAGGCGGACGGGCAGAAGACCGCACCUCCUGGCAUUUUUGUACUAAGAGUAAAUAAAAUUUAAACACGGGAAAUCCACAUAUUUGUGUAGCAGAAGAUUUGCCCUGUAAAGUAGCAUAUGGAAGAGAAUUUUUAUACCACAUUUUUAUGGAUUAUUUUUUAAUUUUUUUUAUUUUGAUCUGGUUAAAAAAUUAACUGCGGCUUAAAGGUGACAAGCUACCUGUUUUUAUUAAAGGCCAUGCCGGUGCGUAAAGGAA